GCGUGUUUAUACCUUUUUGCAUAUCUAUCAAGCUCAACGUUCAAAUUCUUCAUCGUAUUGCUGUAUUUUGCCAUUCACUUCGUCUCGCUUAACCUGUCCGUUCCCAGGCAUGCCAACAGCAAUACCACGACACGAUACAUAAGCCGGGCCUUCCACACACGAUGACCCGCCAUUUUCCAUUACCACAAUGGCGCAGCAACCUCCAGAAUUCACUACCACCUACGAAUACUCGCCUCUCGAACCUCGUCACAUUCGCCUGCUUGAGUGUGCACGCUGCGAUGCAUUCGAAGAUGACACACCCGGCUUCACGUAUCGCAUUGUGCACGUUGAAGUACCCGAGAACGACCCAGCACCGGCAUUUGAGGCUAUUUCAUACACCUGGGGCGACCCUCUAAAGACAUCCGUCCUCCCGAUCCACGGAACUGCAGGCCACAUUGCACUCACAGCGAACCUUACUCGAGGACUUCCCCAUAUCAGCCAACAGUCAGCCACGAGGCGCCUUUGGAUCGACCAGCUCUGCAUUAAUCAAGCAGACAACGCCGAGAAGUCUGCGCAAGUAGGUCUAAUGUCUGAGAUCUACAGCAAAGCAAGGCGUAUCAUUGUGUGGCUUGGCCCAGAAGAUGACAGCAGUAGAGCUUGCAUGGAAUGGUGCAAUGCACUCAACGGACUGCUAACAGUAGUACCAAACGCGGAACGGAUGCAAGUCGACAAGAAAAAUUAUCACGACGCCUACCGAUUCCUUGCCAUAAAGGAGUCUUUCAUGAAUGGAUCCUGGGGUCCCCGAUUUACGACUGCCAUCACAGACUUUUGGUCUCGCAUGUACUUUACUCGCGGCUGGGUCGUUCAGGAGUAUCUCUUGGCCCGCGAGCUGAUCAUCUUGACGGGCAACAUAUGGUUCAGUGUCCAGGACCUGGAGGAUAUGUUCUGUGUCCCUCCAAACACCGAGAACAGUGGGAGCUACCGUCAGCUCAUACAGUUGAAGCGCUGGAAAUACAAUGGGGAAGAACCACUGGGGUUCUUCCGGAAAAUGUCGACCUGCGCCCAAGAGUUUACGACAAAAGUCCCUGCAGAUAGGUUGUACUCAAUGACCGGACUGUUGGAAGACAUAAAGUUCGUACCCAACUACGAUGAAACAACAAAGCAGAACUUUACGCGCUUCGCUGCUACGGUGGCACAGAAGUUUGGAUCUCUGGACUUCGUAGGCCUCUGUGCAGCGACAGUAGAUCUCAAAAUCCCAGAUACACUCGAAGAAUUCAAACACUUCCCGAGCUGGGUACCAUCUUGGUCCGAAUAUCCCCUAUUCACACCGUACCGCCUCGUCGUCGGCGGAACAAAUACGGCUAUGAACGACAUCCUUUGGAACGCCGCUGCAGGGCGCAAACACAUACAGGAGCAGCCUCUCAUCUAUACGACACUUUACCAACUUCACGUCCGCGGUAAGAUCGUAGAUUGGAUCGAUGUAAUCAGCUCCAGGACAAUGAUUGGAAAAGAGAGAGAUCAUUUCAAUACCGACGCCACGUACCUGGAUGGGCUCAUCGAAACCCUGAAGGAAGAUCUCUCCUGCUGCUCGGCCUGGGAGCCUGUCGAUCUCGUACACUUCCUCAACGGUGCAACACACAAUGGAAGAGAGAUCGAAUCCUACAAUUCUGCUCAAAAAAUACUCAAGCCUGAGACUCGCAACACUACUAUUCAGCCUGUCAAUGAACAUGGUGCGAAUGACAGGCUGGCCUUGAUCUUGAUGAUUGGGAGAGGGAGGCGGAUGGCAACAACGGAGAACGGGAAGUUGGCUCUUGUCCCGUUCAUUGAAAGUCGAGCGAAAAGUGAGACGAGGCACGGGAGUCCGAUCGUGAUCCUGCAUGGAUGCAGCGUGCCGCUUGUGCUGGAGUGUGUAGACAAGACUCGUAAUGAAUACAGGGUAAUUGGGGAGGCGUACGUAGAAAAGUACAUGCUCGGCGGGGCGGUCACUUGGGAUGAAACUGAAGCAGACGAGUUCAUUUUGGUGUGAAAAACAUAUGAUACGAUUCUCAUUACGAUUAACAAUACUAA